AAUUCUGAUUUUCCUACCAAAAAAAAAAAGAAAACGCUAUUUCCUCCGUUUCCUCCUAAAUCGGACGUUAUAUUUGCGCACCUGGAGCAUAUUAGCACCCGUCGCCGCCGCCAAUUUUAUCCCUCCGGAAUUUCCAUAGCCGAACAACCACCUUUUUUAUUUUUAAUUUACUCCAUUAACAGAGUUGAGCUCAACUUCACCACCCAAAAAAAAAAAAAAGCUCAGUGCUGAAUUGAAGAAUCCGGCGGAGAAAGCGAUGGAGGUUGAAAGUGGCGUAAUCGGCGGCGUUAUAUUGGACGAUUCGGCUGUAUUCUCAGAUGAAGAUAAUAAUAUUAACAAUAAUAAUAAUAAUCUCAUUCUCAACUCCCUUCUUCGUAAACUCCGCUAUUCCGCUCUUUCUACGGCCAUUUCUUACGAUGAUGCUCUUUCAUCUCCCAAGGUGGAUCUUCUUAAAAGCACGGCCACACUCUACUCAAUGCAUUGCUUUUCACUCGACAACGAAGAAGCCAUCGAACAGAUUAAGCGUGACGUUAAAGGCGUUAUUUUGUAUGUCGUCUCUAUCCACAAGAAGGACCUUUUUCUUAAACAGCUCAUUCCUAAUUUGCAGAUCGCUUUUCUAAACGUUGAAGGUGCUAAUGUGUAUGAAAAUUCAAACAUUAUUUGUAUCAACAAGUUGGAGGAAUUGCCUUUGACUAUUUGCCGCGUCAAUAGAAAGGCAAUGGGAAAUGAUGUUGUCACAAUUGGUUAUAUCAUGAAGCCUUCACGUGAAGAAGAUUUUGCUAAGAGGGGUGCAUUCCCUUUAUAUCCAACGCGUGAUGGGUUAAUGUUCCUUCCUCUCACAUUUGAGCUUCCACUUGCACCUCAACUACAAGAAGUUGAUAUAAUUCUUCAUAAAGCAACUGACGAAAUCAUAUCUAUCGAUAUGACUGGCACUGCAGAAUUUGCAAAUAGAAUAACUUUCACCAGGGGCAUGCAAGAAUUGAAAAGAUAUAUGGAUCAUCCCCCAGACUGUUGUGUGAUUGACCAACUUGAUAAAAUCUACCCUGUAUUGGAUCGGCUAAAAAUUCAACAGACUCUUCUUGGGCUACAAGAUCUCAAUGCUCCAGGCAGACAAAUAAUCAGGGGUCCGCAUUUUCUUAAGGUCAAUGAUUUUAGGGAUCCCAGUCUUGAUCAGAAAUUAUCCGGGGCUAAGUUAUCUCUUCCAAGUAUAGUGAAACCUCAAGUUGCUUGUGGUGUAGCCCAUGCUCAUAAUAUGGCAAUUGUCUUUAAAGUUGAAGAUUUUAAGGAUUUGAAAGUUCCACUUCCAGCAAUUAUUCAGGAAUAUGUGGACCACUCAUCGACUCUCUAUAAAUUCUACGUCUUGGGUGAUAAAGUAUUCAAUGCGGUUAAGAAGUCUACACCAAAUGCACAUAUCCUGAUGAAAUUAUGUGGAGACGAUGAGCUCAAACCUUUGGUGUUUGACAGCUUAAAAUCUCUUCCCACUGCUGAUGAAAAGCAACUGUGUGGAGAUAAUAUUGAUCAUGGUUUGGUCACUGAGGCUGCAAAGUGGCUAGCGAGAAAUCUUGGUCUGACCAUCUUUGGCUUUGAUGUUGUUAUUCAGGAAGGCAGCAGGGACCAUGUGAUUGUUGAUGUGAAUUACUUGCCAUCAUUCAAAGAAGUUCCUGAGGGAGUUGCCAUACCUGCGUUUUGGGAUGCUAUUAAGAAAAAGUUGGAAUCCAAACGGACCACAUAAAAGAACAAUUAGGUCGUUUGGUUGGAGGUUUAAGGAGUUUGAAUCAGGUUCAAGUUCAAAUAAGUGUUUAUUUGUAAAAAGUAAUGAGCCCCUUGAUGUGACAUUUAAACCCUCAAAAUAAGAGGAUUUUAAAACUUAAAUCUCCUGGAGUUUCUAAAGCUUUGAACCCACGUUCAAAACCCAUAUGGUUCAAACCCACCCUAAUUUGAACCCCUUUACUAAACCAUAUAUUUGCUUCUUAUGUUGUGCUAAUGACUAGAAAGCU